UACUGAAAAAAGAUCUUUUUUAUUUUUUAAGAGUGUUUGGUUAUUAUUUUUUUUUUAGCUUUUACAAAAGCAAAAACUCUCAGUAGAUCUUUCUCUUAAGCUCUGAUUUCCAGCUUCUCAAAUCUCCUUUUCGGGAAGCUGAUCCCAGAAUAAGGCUUGGACAAUAAUGUCCUCAAGAAAAUUUCAAAAUGACAAGCAUACCCUCCUCAUUUUUCUGAACCCUAAAAUUUUCUCUCGUUCCUGAGAACGGCCGUGCUGUGCCUUCCUCGAAAUUUUUCUCCCAUGCUUCCGAUCUCCUUCCUCAUCUCCUCCGAUCAUCCUUGGUCAUCUCUUCCGAUCAUCCUUCGUCAUUUUUUCUUCUUCCUUUGUUAGCAUCACAGGUUUUUUUCUUCGUCAUUCUUUUUCUUCUUCCUUCGUCACUUUUUCUUCUUCCUUUGUAUGCUUUUGUUUGUUUCGUUAAGCUUGUGAAAUGUCUCUCAAUCAAGUUCCUGUGAAAAGAAAGAAAGCAGAAUGGUGUGAUAAAAAUACUGAGAUUAUGUUGAAAGUGUGCAUAGAAGAGGUGAAUGUUGGAAAUAAACCUCACAACCACUUCACUAAGCUUGGUUGGGCAAAUAUUGCAGAAAAGUUCAAUAAGGCAACAAAUUUGAGAUAUGAAUAUAAGCAAUUCAGAAAUAGGUGGGAUUCUUUGAAAAAGGAAUGGCAAUUAUGGGCUAAGCUUAUUGGGAAGGACACAGGUCUUGGCUGGGAUGGGGAGAAGAAAACCAUUGCAGCUAGUGAUGAAUGGUGGGAAGCCAAAAUUCAGGAGGAUCCUGAAGUAGCAAAGUUUAGAGAGCAAGGCCUCAAAUUUUUACCUGAGAUGGAAUUCCUUUUUAAAGGUACUAUUGCUACUGGUUUUGCAGCAUAUGCACCAUCUGAAGAUUCAAGACAAUAUGAAGGAUUCAACACAAGAACAGAAGAGACAAAUGAUAACAUUGAUGAUAACACUGACAUGGAAGUGAAUGAGCCUGAGAUAGACACGACAACUCAAAACACGUCUUCGGCAAAGGAAAAUGGACAGAGGAAGAGAGGAAGAGAGGGUGAUAAAAAAAUUGGGGUUGCUGCCAAGCUUUCCUCACAAUUAGAUCGUAUUAUUCAAACAUUUGAAUCUAGUGUAUCUGCUCAAGACCCAACUAGCAUUACUACAUGUGUAGCAAAGUUGAAAGAUCUACCAGGACUUGAGCGUGGGAGUGAACUAUUUUACAAAGCCACUAAACUAAUGAAAAAAAGGGCAAACAGGAUCACCUUUGUUGCUUUAGAAGAGCCUGAGCUACAACUUGGAUGGAUCAAGUCUGAAACUUAAGCACAAAUUCCUUAGUUUCUCCUCUAUUUGAUAUCAUUGACACUUGCUAGUUUUGCUUGGUUAUGAACCUUGGUUGUGUUAUGGAUCUUAGUUUUUAAUUUCAGUUAUGUCAUGGAUCUUUGAUUUUAAUUUUGGUUAUGUUAUGGAUAUUAGUUAUGGUUUGGCUCUUGAUUUUUUUAUUUUCAGUUGUGUUAUGAUUUUUUUUCCUUCUACAGGAUGUCUUCAUCAUUAUCAUCAAAUGACUCUUCAUCUGACGAUGACGAUCACAUUACGAAGAACAAAGUGUUGAUGUUUGCUGUAGCUAAUGUUACCAAUUACUUCAUGAAAUAUGUUGUGAAAAAUCCAUGUAGAGAUUCAAGCAUGAUAGGCCAUCGUUGGGUAUCUGAAAUUCUAAAUGGUCAUCCAAUACGUUGUUAUCAGAUGUUUAGAAUGAAGAAACUUGUCUUUCUUGAAUUAUGUGAUAUCUUGGAAACCAAGUACAACUUAAAGAAAACUCGAAAUGUCAGUAUUUAUGAGCAAGUUGGCUUGUUUUUAUACAUGUUGAGUCAACCAGGUUCUGUUCGUAAUUGUGAGGAAAGAUUUCAACAUUCAGGUGAAACAAUAUCUAGACAUUUCCAUAAUGUCUUAGAAGCUGUGUGUAUGUUUGCAAAGGAUAUAAUUAAGCCUGUUGAUCCAUCAUUUAGGGAUACUCCUGAUGAGAUUCUAAAAGAUGCCAGAUAUCGCCCUUACUUUAGGGAUUGUAUUGGUGCAAUAGAUGGUACUCACAUACGAGUUUGUGUUCCCUCUCAUCUACAAGGAGUCUAUAUUGGUCGGAAAGGCUACACUACCACUAAUGUCAUGGCUGUUUGUGACUUUAGCAUGUGUUUCACUUUUGUUUGGGCAGGUUGGGAAGGUUCUGCACAUGAUACUAAGAUAUUUAUGGAGGCUUUACGUAAGCCUGCAUUGCAUUUUCCACAUCCUCCUCAAGGUAAGUAUUAUCUUGUUGAUUCUGGUUACCCUACUUUUAUGGGUUUUCUAGGACCAUACAAGAAAACUAGGUAUCAUCUCCCGCAAUUUAGAAUUGGGCCUAGAAUCAGGGGAAGAGUUGAAGUUUUUAAUUACUAUCAUUCCAGUCUUCGAAGUACAAUUGAACGUGCAUUUGGUUUAUGUAAAGCAAGAUGGAAGAUAUUGGGUAAUAUGCCACCUUUUGCUUUGAAGACACAAAACCAAAUCAUUGUUGCUUGCAUGGCUAUACAUAACUUCAUUCAAAGAAAUGACAAGAGUGAUGGAGAAUUUGAUUCGCUAGAUGAAGAUAAUGAAGAUAUAGAUAGUGAUGAGGAUGAAAGUGAAGUUGGUCCUAGUACUAUAACAUGGGAAGAACCGGAUGCUCAAAGUACUCUACAAAUGGAACGAUUUAGAGAAUCUCUGAAGAAUAUGUUUCCAACACGUAUUUAAUUUCUUUAUUUUUUAAUACUACAAGGUUGCAUGUUUAUGGUAUGGGUACAUUUGAACAAUUUUAUAUUGAAAGACAUUAUUGAUCGUAUUAUUACCAGGUUAAUGA